AUGGGGCGGGCGCAUGUCAAGUUCACGGCCACUCUGGGGGUCCAUCAGGUGGUCCUCGAGGUCAUCGGGCAUCCGAUGACCAUUCUCCAACAGCUGGGUCAAAAUUUGAGCUACAUGUACAAGCACAUCGGCCCCGCCUCGCAUUUGGAACUGGUUCGAUCCAAUAAGCAAGCCCCAGCACGUGGUCAAUCACCAUCGACAAUGAGCCAAGGUGACGAUGACUUUAACGACUUGCUGUCCGAUGUCCUUGAGGACUAUUCGCGACGUGAGGAGGCAGCACGAUCUGAAAAGCAAGAGCAAGCGCACACUGCCGCCUCCGACUCGACAGGCGCCUCGUCUUCGGCUGGUAGCGCCGGUGCACCCAAGGGGGAUCUUGAUGCCUUGGCGGAUCAGUUAGCCGAUGACUUCCUUCGAGACCUGCAGGUCAUGGGUGAUGGCGAGGCUGAUGUGGAGACAAUGGUGCAGCGCCUCAUGACCUCACUCGGCCAGAUCAACCCCGACAUCGAUUCCUCAGCACCGGUACCCGAGAAGUCAGCCUCAUCUCCGAACACACCCGCUACACGGUCGGCCCCGUCCAACGCACCGAGGGCAGCUUCAGAGCCAGCUGCGUCGGCAAGACCUGGUCCUGAAGCGCAAGAACCCGAUUCGUUUGCCAGCUUGCUUCAGGAUUUGAACGCAGCGAGCUCGGCCGAUCAGCCAGACUUGGGGGAGUUGGAUCACCUUGUGCAGUCCCUCCUGUCCCAGCUUGGUGGCGACGCGUCUGCUGAUGCUGUUGAUCCUGCCGCUGCCUCCACCUCCGCUGCUUCCGCCGCGGGUGGUGAUUCCUCGAGUUCGGAUGAUGAUGGUGUUGCUGGCAUGUUUAAUGCUCUAGUGUCCAAGGACGUACUGUAUCCUAGCAUCCAAGAACUGUGUGACAAGUACCCCGAGUGGCUGGCUACCCGUGGAAAGGACUUGGAGGCCAAGGACCGUGGUCGUUAUGAGCACCAGCAUUCGUUGCUUUGCCGCGCCCGUGUGAUCUUCGACGAUCCCAAGCAGACCGGCAAUGACGAGGCACAGCAGGUCUUCGUUGUCCUUACCCAGAUGGCGGAGACUGGCCCACCACCACGGGACCUUGUCGAGGAACUUGGGUUGGAACUUGGGGAAGAUGAUCAGCCAAAAUUACCGGGUGACUUGGCCAAUCUUUUGAACGCCAGCGGCUCGUGUAGCGUCAUGUGA